CUACUGUAACCGUGACUAUCACUAAAAGGUGGCACUAAAAACAAACUCGAACCAUUCCAACCAGUUGCGCUGCGCCCGCGCCGUGGUCGAACGUUCUUCUAAAUACAGAAACAAAAUGGCGGCCCGCACUCAGUGUUUGUUAACUUUCUCUAGGGCGUACAGUUCAAAGGCCGACAAAAAUGUGGCCUUCCUUGGCCUUGGCAAUAUGGGAGGCUUCAUGGCUGCCAACCUAGUAAAAAAGGGCUUCACAGUUCGUGGUUAUGACCCUUCAAAGGAGGCAGUGUCGAACGCCGCCAAGAACGGAAUCAGUGGCGCCAGCUCCAUAGCGGAGGCAGUCGACGGUGUGGACGCAGUCGUCUCCAUUCUCCCGAGCAACCAAGUCGUGCUGGACGCCUACCUAGGGAAGGACGGCGUAGUGGCUCAUGCACCCAAAGGAGCUCUCCUGAUCGACUCCAGCACAGUAGACCCUAAUGUACCCAAAAAAAUAUUCCCCGUCGCCACGGACAGUGGAGUAGGCUUCAUAGACGCACCCGUUUCGGGAGGUGUGAUGGGAGCACAGAACGCGACUCUCGCCUUUAUGGCAGGUGGUCGCAAGGACGAUUUUACCAGGUCGCUGCCCAUGCUCAAAGCCAUGGGAGCAAAACAGUUCCACUGCGGAGACGUGGGCUCAGGACAAGUGGCCAAGCUUGCCAACAACAUGCUCAUGGGAAUCACCGGCAUGGCCACAGCUGAAUGUAUGAACAUGGGAAUCAAAAUGGGUCUAGAUCCUCAAGUGUUGCUGGAUGUCCUGAACAACUCCUCCGCUCGUUCCUGGUCCACGGAAGUGUACUGCCCCGUACCUGGUCUGGUGCCCACCGCUCCGUCCAGCAGAAACUACGAUGGAGGCUUCAAGAACGAGCUCAUGGUCAAGGACUUGGAGCUCGCCAGCGGCAUGGCGCUCGGCAUCCGGUCACCCAUCCCGUUGGGCGCCGUUGCGACACAGCUGUACCGCAUUGUCCAGUCCCGAGGAUAUGGCCAGAAAGACUUCUCCUUCAUUUACCAGCUUCUCAAAGAUGAGAAUCAGAAGGAUUAAAUAGUAUUAUUAUAAUUUAUUUGUUAAAGUUUACCAAA